AUGGCAGUCAGUGAGCGGUCAUGUGCCAGUGAGGACAAUAAGCCCAUCUACUUGGCAGUAAAGGGAGUGGUGUUUGAUGUCACUUCUGGAAAGGAGCUUUAUGGACGAGGAGCCCCCUACAAUGCCUUGACUGGGAAAGACGCCACUCGAGGAGUGGCCAAGAUGUCCCUGGAUCCUGCAGACCUCACCCAUGACACUACGGGUCUCUCGGCCAAGGAGCUGGAGUCCCUAGAUGAUGUCUUCACCAAAGUGUACAAAGCCAAAUACCCCAUCGUUGGCUACACAGCCCGGAGAAUUCUCAACAAGGACGGUAGCCCCAACCUGGACUUCAAGCCUGAAGACCAACCCCAUUUUGACAUCAAGGACGAGUUCUGAGGCUCUAUUUACAGGAGCAGGCUCUUGGAAGGGUGAGACAGGAAGACAUGCAGGCACCAGAUUUCCUGCCAAAUCAACUACCCAAAGCCUCAGAGUCGUCUAGAUCCGAAUAAAAUAGAUACUUACCCUGGAAGA